AUGCCCCGCCUGCGCCACGCACACGAGCAGCAGGACGGCAGCCCGGGCCUCUCGGCCUCGUCUGCUGCUGCCUCCGCCUCGGCGUCGGCGUCGGCUUCGUCGUCGCGGCACACGUCGCCGCUGCCGCCUCCGUCCGCGUCUGCCGCUUCCAACUCGGCGUCGGGCUACGAGGUCAGCUGCCGCAACUGCGGCACCACCAAGACGCCGCUGUGGCGCCGUGCGACCGAUGGCAGCGGAGGAAGCCUGUGCAAUGCCUGUGCGCUUUACUUCAAGUCGCACAAUGUCCAGCGCCUCACUGUCGCUGCUCCGCCCUCGCCGGGCGCCUCCCGCCCCGUAGCUCAGCUCGGCGGUCUGAAGUGCACCAACUGCGGCACGACGACGACGCCGCUGUGGCGCCGCGACGAGGAGGGCAACAACAUCUGCAACGCCUGCGGCCUCUAUCAGAAGCUGCACGGCACGCAGCGGCCCAUCGGCAUGCGCAAGUCGGUCAUCAAGCGCCGCAAGCGCGUGCCG